UUUCUAGUCUACUACUAUGUAAUGCAGCAGCAAUGUUACUAACUUACUAAUUACUAUAUGUUCAGUAGUUACCUCACUUUCAUACUUCACUAGUAUUAUAAGUUCUCUCCUAAAUCAGCUUCUUCUUCUUUAUAUUUAUUUUUGAGUAUCUUUGUACCUUAAUUUUUUUGUCAAAAUAUAAGCAAAAAAGAAUGGAUUUGGGAGGAAAUAUUAGCGGAUACGAAGAGAGCUUGGAUAACUGGAUUACUAAUAUAGAUGUUGAGCAGUCCCAUAAUACAAUAUUUUGUUCUUCUCAGCAAUUAGGAGCAGAGGUUGAAGAAGCAGUGAAGAGAUCAAUUCAAACUUGUAUCCCAAAAUUGGUUGAAGAAUCUGUCAAGAGUGGAAUGCAAACUUUAAUAUCACCAAUGGUUGAAUAUGCAGUGCUGAAAGGAAUUCAAGCUUCAAUUCCUGCACUGGCUGAAGUACUGCAUAGAGAAAUGCAAACUUUAAUGCCAGUAAUGGUUGAAGAAAUGAGGAAAACAGCCGCCUGUCUGCCCUCGUUGCAGUCCUCUAAUCGACCUUCAACUUCAAGACCAUUGCUUCUUGUGGAACAUUCACAUGCACCAAGGAAUUUGAAAUUGCACUUUGAGCUCCAAGGCCCACCAUUUGAAAAAAUAUUCACAGGGAAAAAGAUGUUAGAGCAAGGAAUCUUGUUUAAAGUAUGUUUAAAAGAUGAUUCUGGGAAAAUUGUAGAAGUUGGUGCUGAAUCUUCCAUCAAAAUCAAGAUUGUUGUUCUGAAAGGUGAUUUUCCAAUAGAAGAUGGAGAUGACUUGACUGGAAACAGAUUCCGCGAGCAUAUUCAACAACAGAGGGAAGACAAACCACCCCUGUUAGUUGGAGAAUGUAAAAUGACUCUCAGCAAAGGAGUUGCAGAUGUUGGUGACAUUGCAUUUACAGACAACUCAAGCUGGGUAAGAAGUAAGAAAUUCAGAUUGGGGGCUGAAGUUGUGAAAAAUGUUCACUGCAGAGGAGUGACUAUUAGGGAAGCAGUGAGUGAAGCUUUUAAGGUCAAAGAAGGUCGUGGAGAGUCUUACCAGAAAAAGAGAACUCCAGCUCUUAAUGAUGAUGUAUGGCGUUUGAAAGGCAUUGCAAAAGAUGGAAAAAUCGACACAAGGUUGAAGGAGGAAAAGAUCAAUUCAGUGAACGAUCUGCUACAACUGUAUCUUGCAGAUAAAAACUCGCUUAAGAAAAUUCUUCAUGUUUCAGACAGAAAGUUUCAAGAUAUUGUCAAACAUGCUAAAUCAGCAUGUCCGAAUAUUAAGCAACCUAUGGACCUUACCGCUGCUUAUGGGAGAAAAGAUGUGAUGCCUUUUCCAUGUGAAGAUCCAAAUGAACUGCUUAACAUUUCUGCGACAAAGUAUCAGUUGAUAUCUCCAACUUAUAACAUGAACUCAACUGCUGGUUCAUUUGCAAAUAUACUUUAUGAUGUCGCAGCAAAUCCAGGUAAGUCAGGGGUGCAGCUCAAUUCUACAGCAGAUAGGUUUGUGUCUCAACUACAUGAUUUCCUAGAUUCAUCACCGGAGCUUCCAUCGAGUGCUUACAACAUGAACCGUGUUGAAGAGCUAGAAAAUGAACUAAUGGCUUGUACUAGGAACACACAACCUAGUACUACGCGUGGCUUGAACAAGCCCAGAUGGCGUUCAGUAGGAGUUGCAUUAAGGUUUUCAGUGUUCAGGAUUGUAAUGAACAGACAAGCUUCCAGGGCACGAAAGAAGCAGAAGGUUUGCUGAUACUUGUCCCACAAAAUAUGUCCUUUACCACUUUCGUUUUGAAUAAGAGGAAAUGCAAAGAAACGGAAGGAAGGGAAAGGGAGAGGAACAAGAUCCCUUGUUUGGAUAAGGGGAUUCGAGAGGAGAGGGAAGGAUUCAUAUCCUCUCCCUCUUUAAUACAUAUCAUCUUUCCAAUUACGAGAGAUUUGGAGGAUAAUGGAGCUCUAUCUUUCCCCUCCGCUUCCUCCUCUUUCCGUUCCCAUCCUUUACUUCAUAUGUUGCAGUCCAAAGUGUAAAGAAGUUAAUGGCUGAGUUUCUGAUAUGAAAGAGUAAAAAGUUAUGCUUGUUACUUCUGCUGCCUGCUGGAAAGUGCAAAAUUGUGGAGAUCUUUUCAUACUUUUAUGCUGUUAACCUGUACUAUGCGUUUUAUUUCCUAGUUUUCAGUAGGUAAUUAUAGCCGUGUCUUAGAAGAUGUGUCGUAAUGCCAUUAGCUUCUUGCUAAUAUUUACUAAUCCUGUACCAAGAUUUCUCAGCUAUAUUGAGAGAGUAUGAAUUUUAUCCAUUUAUGUAACAAUUGGAUCACCAAA